AUGUGCGUUUCUUUGUUGUCAUCUCAAUUCCACCUGAUCAACAUACGCGAGGGAAUCACGUGGAAUCCGGUGGAGUCUGCGUUCAAUAUGAUUUGGCGUCAUUUUGAGGUCUGUCGCGAAAUGCUCCCGGAAAAAACUCAGGAUAUUGUGUGUGGACCCAAUUGUUCGGCGCCCAUCAUCGAGUUUGACCUAACUGCUGCACCCAGGACGAACAGUCGUAAAUGCACGCACGACGCUUCCGUGCAAUGUGGAAAAGCGGAGCCAAACUUUGGACCGGAGUUUGACACACAAGCCGACCGUCAGCAGGCCAUGGGGCGGACCAAGACGGCCAUGAUGGGACCUGGAUGUGACCCGACCGUGUUCUUCGCCAGCCUGCAGCAGGCAUUGGAUGGCGCUUUGCUGCAACUGGACGGAGUGUUGCGCCACCUGUUGCUGUCUGACCACUCCGUCGAAGGUGUGCAACCAUCGCCUCGUGCCCGGUUACGGUUGGCUACAGCGACUGGCCUCCUGAAUCAACAUGAAUUUGUGUACUACUCGGAAGCCUGCGUCAUACAGAUGACCAAUACGGAAAACUGCUUGCUUGCCCUUAACGAGUUCACAGAGCCCAUUUGU